UGCUGAUUUGAGGAACCGCCAACGUUACACCUGUUCUCACUACCUUUCCCCCGGCGUCUAAGUUUGUCGGGACUGACACGGCUCAGACCCUCCUUUCUAGCUAACGAGCUAAAUCACUGCCUUGAGCGACAGAAUCGCGAGAUUGCUGAUUUUUCUCAAUCUACAAUUGUGGACUGAAGGCAUCUGUUUGCUACAGCGCUGCAAGGAUUCAUCAAUAUCUAGCUAGUCGGCGUAAGCACACUGACCUUUCAGGUGCUUAUGAUCGUCUCCAUUCCAUCACUUGGAGUUGUCAAAUUCAAAAGGACCUGCCCAGUGGAAGUGAGCCACCUGGACCAUUUGGUUCUCACGGUGAAAAGUGUACCAGACACCGUCACCUUUUACACCUCAGUCCUUGGCAUGGAGCUCAUCACUUUUAAGGGAAACCGUAAGGCUCUGGGUUUCGGGCAGCAGAAGUUUAACCUUCACCAGCUGGGUCAGGAGUUUGAGCCAAAAGCCAAGCAUCCGACCUCAGGGUCUGCAGACCUUUGCCUUAUCACCAAAACCCCUCUGGCGACAGUAGCUGCACAUCUGAAGGUUUGUGGUGUCAAUAUAGAGGAGGGGCCAGUGGAGAGGAGUGGGGCUGUGGGGACCAUCACCUCUUUGUACUUCAGAGAUCCAGACAACAAUCUCAUUGAAGUGUCAAAUUAUAACCAACCACCAUCAGAGGGAUCUCCUUGAGACCUCUUUGGCCUUAUUUCUGGACACAUUAAAAUUCAUUCAAACUCUG